CCCGGGCACAGAGGGACCCCCGGGAACAGCGGGACCCCCGGAGCAGCGGGACCCCCGUGCACAGAGGGACCCCCGGGAGCAGCGGGACCCGGGCCGCCGGUGCUGCGGGCAGCAUGGCGCAGUGGCAGGAGGUGCAGAGCUUGGCCAACACUUACCUGGAGCAGGUGCACCAGCUGUACGCGGGCUCGGCGCUGCCCAUGGCCGUGCGCCAGUCCUUGGCCGCCUGGAUCGAGACCCAGAACUGGCGCCAGGCGGCGGAGCCGCUCUGCUCGCAGGCGCGGAUGCUCUUCCACUCCUUACUGGUGGUACUGGGAGAGCGCUUGGGCAGCCUGGGCUCGGACCGCGAGGAUUUCAUGCUGAAGCACAACCUGCGCAAGGCUCACCGCGACCUCCAGGCGGAGUUCGAGGAGGAGCCGGAGAGGUUCGCCAACCUGGUGGACAACCUGCUGCAGGAGGAGCGGCGGAUCCUGCGCCUUGGGCAGGCCGGGGGGCAGGGGGGCUCGGCCCCCGCGCCCAGCCCGGCCCCGGAGAGCGGCCGGGAGCAGCAGAUCCAGCGGCGCUUGGCCGAGUUCCACACGGCCCUGCAGGAAGCCGAACGAGCCUUCAGGCACCUGGAGGACUUGCAGGACGCCUUUGACUUCUGCUACAAGGUGCACUACCAGCCAGGUGGGGAGAGGAAUGGAGACCCCGAGUACAUCCAGGAGCUCCAAUCCCUCCAGGCCAAACUGCAGAACCUGGACCGGCAGCGCCGGGAGGUGCUGGCUCAGAUGCAGCAGCUUUUGGGGCGCAGCGAGACCCUGCAGGAGCUGCUGCAGCAGGAGCUGGGGGGCUGGCGGGUGCGGCAGCAGUGCCUGUGCCUGGGGGGCACCGCCGACACCAACCUGCGCCCGCUGGAGACCUGGUUCACGGAGCUGGGCCAGGGGUUGUUCCAGCUGCGGCAGCUGCUGCGGGCGCUGGGGGAGCUGCGACAAAAGGUGACGUACGCCAGGGACCCGCUGGUGGCAGAGACGCCCCUGCUGGAGCAGCGGCUGCAGGAGCAGCUCACGCACCUGCUGAGGAGCGCCUUCGUGGUGGAGCAGCAGCCCAGCACGCCCAACGCCGGCAAGCGGCCGCUGGUGCUGCGCACGGCCGGCAAGUUCUCGACGCGCGCGCGGCUGCUGGUGCGGCUGCACGACCGCAACCGCGGCAUGGAGGCCAGGAUCCACAUCGACAGGGACCCUCCCAACAUCAAAGGGUUCCGCCGCUUCAACAUCCUGACCUCGAGCAGCAAAACGCUGCUGGCCGGGGACAGCCCCCAGGAGGGGCUGCUCUGCGACUUCCAGUACCUCACGCUGAAGGAGCAGAAGGAGAGCAGGGCUGGCAAGGGCAAAGGUGCCAGCGGCGAGGGUCCCCUGGUGGUGACGGAGGAGCUGCACCUCAUCACCUUCACGCUGGCUUACGCCUACUGCGGGCUGGAGCUGGAGCUCGAGGCCACCACGCUGCCCUUUGUCAUCAUCUCCAACAACAACCAGUUCUCCAGCGCCUGGGCCUCCAUCCUGUGGUUCAACAUGCUCAGCUCGGACCCCAAGGCCCAGCAGUUCUUCUCGUCCCCGCCGCCAGCCCCGUGGCCCCGGCUGGCCGAGGUGCUGAGCUGGCAGUUCCAGAGCGUGGCCGAGCGCGGCCUCAGCCGGGACAACCUCCUGAUGCUGGCCAAGAAACUGCUGGGCUCGAAGCCGUCCCUGGACAGCGCCGUGGCCUGGCCCAAGUUCUCAAAGGACGGCCCCUCCGGUUUCUCCUUCUGGGCCUGGCUGGACGGGAUCCUGGGGCUGAUCCAGGAGCACCUCAAGCAGCUCUGGAAGAACGGACUCAUCCUGGGCUUCGUGAGCCACAAGCAGGCCGAGAAGCUGCUCAGGUCCAGGAGGACGGGGACGUUCCUGCUGCGCUUCAGCGAGAGCGUCCUCGGGGGUGUCACCUUCACGUGGGUGGAGCACCACGACACAGAGUCCCCCACCUUCCACGCCGUGGAACCCUACACAGCCUCGGAGCUGGUGUCGCUGGCCCUGCCCGACAUCAUCCGUGACUACCACAUGAGCCUGGAGGAGAAGAACCCAGAAAACCCCCUCAAGUUCCUGUACCCCAGCACCCCCCGGGACGAGGCUUUCGGGCCCUUCUACAGCCAGAGGCUGGAGGGGAGCCUGAGCGAGUCCCAGAAGUACCUGAACCGGCGCCUCAUCCGCGUGUCCUCCAGGCCCCCCAGCAAGCAGCAGACAGAGGAGGAGCUGGCGGUGGCCACGGAGAACCUGGAGACGCUGCGGCUGCAGCCCCGGGGGCAGGGGACACCGCAGGGCUUGGGGACACCGCAGGGCCUGGGGACACCGGGGGGCCUGGGGACACCGGGGGGCCUGGGGACACCGCAGGGCCUGGGGACACCGGGGGGCCUGGGGACACCGGGGGGCCUGGGGACACCGCAGGGCUUGGGGACACCGGGGGGCCUGGGGACACCGCAGGGCUUGGGGACACCGGGGGGCCUGGGGACACCGCAGGGCUUGGGGACACCGGGGGGCUUGGGGACACCUCAGAGGGUGGCCACGAGCCCAGGGACACCACAGGGGGUGGCCACAAGCCCAGGGACACUGCAGGUCACCCCUGGGAACUUGGGGACACCACAGGUGAUAGCCACAAACCAAGGGACACUACAGGUGGUGGCCGUGAGCCCAGGGACACUUCAGGUCACUUCUGGGAGCUUGGGGACACUUCAGGGGGUGGCCACUAGCCCAGGGACACUGCAGGUCACUUCUGGGAGCUUGGGGACACCACAGGUGGUGGCCACGAGCCCGGGGACCCUGCAGGUCACGGGCUUGGGGACACUGCACCCACAAAGCCUGGAGCCACCACAGGUGCCAUCAGCGGUCCCCAGCAUGCAGGGGACACUGCAGGUGACACCAGGGGCUGUGGGGCCCGUGCAGGUGCUGCCCGGGGGGCUGCAGGUGCUGCAGGUGUGCCCAGAGGACUUGGGGACACCGCAGGGGACAGUGGGGACGCUGCAGCUGGGAGCUGCGGAGCCACCACGGGUCCCCGAGGAGCAGGGGACACUGCCAGCCGAGCUGAGGGACCUGGAGCUGCUGCCGGGGGGACAGGACAUGCAGGAGCUGCUGCAGGGGAGCCGGGACGUGCAGGAGCUGCUGCUGCAGUCGCUGGAGGGGCUGGAGGCGGCCCCGGGGACCCCGGGGACACUGGGGACACUGGGGACACUGGGAGUGGCCGAGCUGAUGCCCGACGUGGUGGCGACCUUGGAGGAGAGCUUGCAGCUGAGCCCCGGCAGCGCUGCUCUCCUGGACCAGCACGAUCCGUUCCUGCCGCAGCCCGAGGACUCGGCCGUGCCCUCGGUGCCCUCGCUCUUCACCGACUUCCCCCCGCUGCACAUCGACGCCAGCGACUUCCAGUGACCCCUGCCCGGGACCCCUCCCUGGGACCCCUCCCCAGCGACUUCCAGUGACCCCUGCCCGGUCCCUCCGUCCCUGGGACCCCUCCCCAGCCCCUUCCGGGGACCCCUCCCCGGUCCCUUCCCUUCUCUCCCCGAUCGCUUCUGGGGACCCUUCCCCGGUCCCUUCCCUUCCAGGGACCCCUCCUCAGCCCCUUCCCUUCCAGGGACCCCUUCUGGGGACCCCUCCUUGGUCCCUUCUGUUCCAGGGACCCCUCCCAGGGACCCCUCCCCAGUCCCUUCCUGGGACCCCUCCCCAGCCCCUUCCCUCCCAGGGACCCCUCCCCGGUCCCUUUCAUCCCAGGGACCCCUCCCCUUUUCCCUCCCUGUAAAUACCCCCCUCCCCACCCCGCACACCCAGCCGCCUCUCCGAUCUCCGCGGGAGCUUUAUUAGAAACUCAUAAAUACCCGAGUUAAAUAAAACAGCGGCUGGCGCCAUAAAUAA